ACCGCACCACACCACACAUCAUUUCCCUGCUUUUCUUUCUUUCUAUCCAACCAAUUAAUUAAUCCAUCAUUUCUGUCUGUCACCUCCAUUUUACCUUUCCCCUCUCUUGUCUCCACAACACAUAGUGUUUCUUUCACUAAACUCAAAAUACUGCGUCGUUCUUCACGCUUAUGGCUUGAUUUCUUCCAAGCAAGCAAGGAAGCAAUGAAGGAAGGGAUGAGUAAAUCUUGGUUUUUCGACAAGGAUUUCAGUGGGGUUCCGGAUAAUUUUUUCGAGGAUACUUUGGGGUGCUUUGAUUUCCCUUUGGAAGAUGUAGAACCAAAUGGUGAUGAUGGAGAAGACUGGGAGUCUAAAUUCCGACAUCUCGAGCCCCCGUCCUCUCAUCUUUUAACCACUUUUUCAACCGCUCUCUGUGGUGAAGAUGCCUCCUCCCUGGAACCCAACUAUAACUCUUGUUCGGUUUUGCUUGAUGGAUCUUUACAGUUAAAACAUUGGGCAAGCUCUGCUGAAGCAUCUUCAAGCAGAAGCAAACCCAACCUUUGUCGGUCUUCAGACAGCAAAUAUUCUCAUCUGUUCCAGGCUACCAGCCCAGUUUCUGUCCUGGAAAGCAGUGGCAGUUCUUGUCCCACCGAAAAUGCAACAACAUGUUACCCCAAAUUUGUCACACCAGUAAAGCGCCCUCGAAGCAAGCUGACACGCCCCCGGCGACAUACAUUCCCUUUCAUCCCCACUGCCUGUGCCUCUAAAAAGUUUUAUUGUUCGGCAUCUUCAGAUCCAGAAUUAGAAUACUAUAAUGAUGAGGAAAUAUUGGAUUCUUCCAGGAAAACACAGAAGAAAAGGAAUCUGAUGCUGCUAUCUUCUGCAGUAGAGAUGGCGCCGAAGAAGAAGCAGCCAGUUGAAACCAGGAGAUGCACACAUUGUCAGGUGACAAAGACUCCACAAUGGAGAGAAGGACCACUGGGGCCAAAAACCCUUUGCAAUGCUUGUGGGGUUCGGUACAGAUCAGGCCGCCUCCUUCCAGAGUAUCGACCAGCUGCCAGCCCUACCUUUGUUCCUUUUUUGCACUCCAACUCUCACAGGAAGGUGUUAGAGAUGAGAAAGCAGACGGAGCAGGUGACCCCUAUGGCAACAAUGGAUGUGUUAGUGCCUAUGGCACCAGAACAUUAGCUCUGUUGGCAAUAUUUGCCUGGUUAUUACUAGGGAGCCUUGUAGUGGGGAGCUGUCUUGUUCUCAAUUUUCUGCUUAUUUCAUGCUAGUUAAUUUCUUCGUUUUGUUCAUUGAUGGAAUAAGAUCCAGGAACCCUAUAUGAUCGGUUGUUUAGUAGCAGCGGAGGUAGAGAACAUCCAAACGAGGCAGAGAACUACCAAUGAUUAUGUGUUCUGCCUAAAUGCCAAUCACUCAUCAGCAAUGCUUAACACAUGCAUCUCCGUAUGUGGACACACAGGUGGCUUUCGAAUGGAAUUAUCAAGCUUAAAAGACA